GACGUGAACACACCCCAGAAACACUAAAGAGUGAAAGCCGUCGCCACCGGAUUGGCUCCCAAAGCUCUCAGCGCGAGCUGUCUAGCAACCAACCAUCAAUAGGAGUCCAAACAAGACAGACUGAAUGGUGAAGUCAACGAAUUUACUUAUAGCCUUAUUACGUCGAGGUUAUCUCAUUCGAGGUAGCAAGCUUAGACAGCUUUGGUAAUGGAAAGUGAAAGUACAAAUGAGGUGCAGGCAGAGCUGGAUUCAGUGGAGGCGGAGUUAGAGGUGGUGGAGCUGCAGGUAGCAGAGCUACUGGAGAAGCAGGCCAGUCUGACCUCCCGCAGGAAACACCUUCUAAGGAAGCUGGAGGAGGCCUGCGACUCUGCACAGCCCUCAGGCUCCUCCUCCUCGUCACAGUCCUCCAGAGCUGGACCUAUCAGCAAGAAGGAGAUGCAACUAUAUGACAACUCUGAUUUCCCCUGGUCCAAGGAUCUGGAGGAGAAGCUGACGGAUGCGUUCCAGCUGUCUAAGUUUCGUCCCCUGCAGCUGAGGGCCAUUAACCUGAGCAUGUCUGGCAAGGACCUGUUCUUAGUGAUGCCCACUGGACGUGGCAAAAGUCUGUGUUACCAGCUACCUGCUGUCUGCUCUGAGGGCUUCACCCUGGUUGUGACUCCUCUGGUGUCGCUUAUGGAAGAUCAGCUUAUGUACUUGAAGGCCAGAGACGUGUCAGCAGUUUCACUCAACGCAUCCAGCAGCAGGGAGCAUGCCAAGAUGGUGAUGGGUGGAAUGACAGACCCGAAGGCUCCCUUCAAGAUGCUGUACGUCACUCCGGAGAAGAUCGCCAAGAGCAAGCUGCUGAUGUCACGUCUAGAGAAGGCCUAUCAGGCGGGCAGGCUCAGCCGCAUCGCCGUCGACGAGGUCCACUGCUGCAGCCAAUGGGGGCAUGACUUCAGACCUGACUACAAGCUUCUGGGGAUUCUGAAGAGGCAGUUCCCUAACGUGCCGUUGCUAGGCCUGACUGCCACGGCAACCAGCAGCGUUCUGAAGGACUGUCAGAAGAUCCUGUGCGUGCCUGAGCCAAUCACGCUCACCGCUUCCUUUAACCGCACUAAUCUGUACUACGAGGUUCAAAUGAAAGAUGCAAACCACGAGACAUCAAUUGCGGACAUAUCAGCUUUGAUCAAGGAGAGAUACCAGGACCAGUCAGGGAUAGUGUACGUGUUCUCUCAGAAGGAUGCAGAGGUGGUGUCCUCCGACCUGGAGAAGAAGGGCAUCGUAUCAUACCCCUACCACGCCAACAUGCACCCAAACGAUAAGUCCAAGGUCCACCGCAAAUGGAGCAAUAACAAGAUCCAGGUGGUGGUGGCCACAGUGGCAUUUGGCAUGGGCAUCGACAAGCCUGACGUGAAGUUCGUGAUCCACCACACUAUCAGCAAGUCCAUAGAGAACUACUACCAGGAGAGUGGACGCGCAGGCAGGGAUGACCGUCCUGCAGACUGUAUUGUGUUCUACGGCUUUGCGGACAUCUUCAGGAUCAGCACCAUGGUUGUCAUGGAGAACGUGGGGCAGAAGAAGCUUCUGACCAUGGUGGACUACUGCCAGAACGUAGACAGGUGUCGGCGCUCAGUCAUGGCGGUUCACUUUGAUGAAGUCUGGGAUGAUGAAGGAUGCAACCAGAUGUGUGAUGUCUGCAGACAUGGGAACGACUACAUCACAGUGGACAUCACAAAGCAUGCCCGGGAGGUGCUCCAGAUCUUGGAGCUGGCAGCCUCUCUGGACGAGAAGAUGACCCCUCUGAAGGUGGUGGAGGCCUGGAUGGGCAAGGGCCCGGCCAAACGCAGGAAGAUGAUCCAGACCACCAGCCUCUCUCGCCCGGAGGUGGAGGCCAUCAUCGUCCGCCUGCUCAUCCAGGGCUACCUAAGUGAGGACUUCAGCUUCACACCGUACACCACCUACUUCUACCUGAAGCCUGGUCGUAAGGCAGCUCUGCUCAAGAGCCAAACUAACUUCAUCACUAUGAAGAUGAGGAGGACGGGGUUAGCAGCAGCAGACACGACCACGGAGGAUGAGUCUGGUGCUGGAGCCCAAGAAGUUGUAUCACCUGCUGUUGUCAAUGGCAACGGCAGUCCUCUGCCGAGAACCAAGCUGGUGAAGGUAGACAAGGACCAACAGAACUUAGCCAAGAAACAGAACCACCCUGAUCAGGACGAGGAUAGUGGAGAUGGGCCUGUCCUACCCACCGCUAUAGAGGUGGACGUAGAGAUCAAUAUUAUAGACAACGAGCACACACCUCCACCACCAAUCAAACCUAGUUCCAAACGUAAAUCAACGACCCCUCAGAGACGGAGGAGACCCUGCAGAGAUCCGUCUCCUCCGCCCCCUGCAGUCUCCACCCCUGACCACCAGGGGCCAGCGUUGGUCGCCUCCCCCUCCCAGGUCUCCAUCAUCUCUGAGGGGGCUGUGGAGGAGCUCUGUGACCUCCGCAACUACUACAGCAAGCAGCUGCGGCGAAUCAACUACAUUUCCCAGGAGUACUUGCAGCAGCACCCAGAGCCAGGGGUUCUGGCCUGUAUCAGGGAGCCUCUGAAGAGCCUGCGCCUGCCUCGAGGGGCAGCCAUUGCCAAGACAGCGAGGAACCUGUGGACCAGAGUCAGCUCUAGGAGAAAGCUCAUCCAGAGGUGACCUAGAUGUCAGCUGGUAUUGACUCUAAAAAAUAGGUUACUAAUUAUGUUUUUUCCACAUCCGAAAUGAUCCAUCAUUCGGUGUCUUUUGUAUAUGAUUUGAUAUCAUUGUGAUAUCUUAUUACCGAGCUUGUGUGCCUAGAAAUAUAUUUUUUAAGCUCACUACCUCCUUGACAUUUCAUGAAUGUUUUUUAUAUUUGGCUUGCCUAUUUGUGUAUUAUUUUACAGCCACUUCAGGUACAGCACUAAGCCUUGCUGUGAAACUUUCAGGCACUUUGUUCUUUGAAUUGAACACCUUUGGUUAAUAAAACAGGUUUGAACUAAUAUGGUG